UUACCGCUGUCUUGGCCGCCGCCAGAAAUUGUUGUCUCAGUACAACUCGUCAUUUCGUCGCGCAAAGUUCAGAAUUCCCAAGUUCAGUAUGGCGAGCAAGAAGUUUGGCCUUGAUUUCGUGAAGAAUGUGUCCCAGUACAUCAGCGGCACGCAGAGCUUUGACCGGGUCGUGAAAAUGAUACAAAUCACGGACGGCGGCGAUGGUCGUGCUGUGGGAGAGUUCACUGUGGAGAAGGAGCAUCUGAAUCGCGGUGGGACUUUGCAUGGCGGUCUAACCGCCACCAUUGUGGACAAUGUCACCACAUACGCCCUGAUGUCCAAGGGUUCGCAUCCUGGAGUCUCAGUGAAUCUGAACGUGAACUAUAUUUCGCCAGCUAGACCUGGUGAAGUCGUUGAGGUCGAAGCCAAUACUGUCCGGGCAGGCAAGAAAUUGGCCUAUUUGGAUUGUGUUCUCAGGCGGAAAUCGGACGGAAGGAUCAUCGCCAAUGGUGGUCAAGUCAAAUUUGUUGAUUUUGAUAAGGACAAGAAGGAUUUCUAGAAACUGAAAUAGUUAAAUUUAAAUAAUGAAUUAAACUAUCUAUCGAUAUAUCGAUUGGUUCUUCGAUAGCUCUCGAAAACAGCUGUUGUUUUGUUUAUAUUUUGUAACUUGGUUAUCUUUUCCGUCUAGAAAAAAACGUAUCUUUCCGGUUAUUCCGGAUGUAGUUUG